ACUUGGAGGAGGUGAACUGCUGAAUAAUACAGGCAGGUGAUCAUCUGGCAGCAAGAUGCUAUGGAGUGAUAAUAAGGCAAGCUCACUUGCUGAGUGGGAUUGUGGCUUGAAAACUAAUAACACAUCGUUGCUGAUAUCCAUGGUUGAAAGCUGACCUAGGUCUAGUGGUGGACCUAACAAAAUCUGGUAGAUGAUGUUGGAUAGAAGCUGGUGGAGUCUGUACUCAGAAGCCGGAGAACAUAGCAUGGCUAAAGCAGGUUGGUGCUUAUGGUUGAAGUUCAUUUUCGGAAGCCAGACAACAGAAGCCAGUGGAUAUUUGUGGACUGAAGCCAGGACAUGGAUGUGAAUGAAUGGAGUGUAUGUGAUGAAUGGAUGUGUCCACUGGUGUUCUUCACAGAUGUCAGCUGGCAUAUGUUUGUAUGAGAGGAUUCCCAUUUGAAUGCUGUUGAGAUGAAAUGAGUGUGUGUAGGUGUGUGAAUAUCAUGUGUGAGAGGUGGACUAUGGCUAUGCCAAAUAACCAGCUUUAUAUAUUUCUGGCAUAUUUAGACCUCUGAAUGUUCUGGUCUUGCUUGUCAUGCAGUGAGAUCAGCUAUUAUGCAUGUGAUUUGCAAUCUCUCUGCUUUAAUGGAUCAGUUCCUGAUCUGAGUCAGGUUGUUCUCUGAAGCAGGCUUGAUUUCUUGCCAGAUUUCUCUUGGAAGAUUUGAAUCACAUAAGAGGAGGAGCAGAAGAAGAAAUGUGGCACCCAGAGCUCUUUUACUUUCAGAGAGUAGUAAAGGGUGGUUGUUGUUUUAAUAGCCAGGAUAAAGAAAGGAAUCCAGUAAUGGGAAAGGAAAAUGCUUUUUGAAGAAGAAAGGAUAUAAACAGGGAAUCGCAUCCUCUCUACUUCUGCCCAGGAAAAAUGUCACGGCCAGCAAACAGAAGACCAGAGAACCCCAAAAUAGACUGGCAUUUACCCACCGUUUCAUCCUCUGCAUCAGCACAUCAUAUGAGCAGAGAGCUUUUUGUACUCACUUACGGUGCUUUGGUGGCUCAGCUGUGUAAGGAUUACGAAAAGGAUGAAGAUGUGAACAAAUAUUUGGACAGCAUGGGGUAUAACAUUGGCAUCAGGUUAGUUGAAGACUUCUUGGCUCGCUCCUCUGUGAAGAAGUGCCGGAGUUAUUCUGAAACGACAGACAUAAUUGCACAGGUUGCUUUUAAGAUGUAUCUGGGUGUUGUGCCAACUGUGACUUGCAGUAAUUCCACACGGUUCUCCCUCAUUCUGGACAAGAACCCCUUGGUGGACUUUUUGGAAGAGCUGCCGGCGGGGAGAUCUUCACUUUGCUAUUGCAGUCUCUUGUGUGGGGCCAUAAGAGGUGCUCUAGAAAUGAUACAUCUGGCUGCUGAAGUUACUUUCAUCCAAGACACUCUGAAGGGGGAUGAUGUGACAGAAAUUGGAAUUGCAUUCUUAAAGAAGAUUGAAACCAGGAAACACAAAAGAAAUAAGUGAAGCCAUAUCUGAAGUAACUAUGUGUGGACAGUUAAUAUUUUUGACCCUCUGUACCUGCCUAGAAAGAUAUUAUUUCUGAUCCAGAAAAGGCAUUCGAUACAGAACCAUGGUGUGGAUGGUGCCACUUCUGGAUCAGGCCCAGCACUCCCAAAUGUUUGCUAUGUCGGGCAUGAACUCUGCACCAACCCACAACCCAACAUGGACAUGAAUGGUGCAUGGUUCUCCCUCCUGGCUCAGCUGCAAAUACGUCCAGGGUAUCUUGAGGGAAUGGCUGCCUCUCCUGCAUGCUUAGGUCAUCCUUCUCCACAUUCUUCAGCCAGGUAAAGUUAGAUGGGUGGCUAUGAGGCACAGGAACUGACUUAGCGAUGGCAUACUCACUGUGGAACUCCCUGCUUCAGAAGGCUUGGUAGCCUAGCUAUUUCAGGCUUAAAGAGACUCAUCAAUGUAGCACUUGUUAGAAGUGUGGGCAAGAUUUCUUUUUAUUCUUCUGAAGGAGUUGACUAUUUCCCCAGAGUGUCUGGGGAAGCCUAGCCAGUU